GAUUAUAUGGCUACAUAAAACACUUUUUCAUUGACCCGCGUUGAGUGGUUGCAGAAACAGGAUCAGUAGUUUAUUCUCCAGCAAUUUCGAAGCCGAGCGAAAUGCCACCACCCGAAUCGGCAACCACGGGGGCGUUUAUGGCCCUCCUCGUGUUCUCGGGGAUGAUCAGAACAGCAUUUACUCAAACAGCGACAAACCAUGAUCUGACCACGCCCACCACACAUGACAACGGCCCGCCAACUUCAUUCACGUCCCCCAACACGUUCACUACCAUCAGGGAAAAAGGCACCACGGAAUCUGACUCCGCAACCAGCCCUGGCGAUGGCGUCACCGAGAUUACAUUGUAUACCAGUGGUGAAUUACUACAUACAAACGGUGAGGAAGAUGGCGCCUUGAAUACGGCGCCAAGUGGGACGAGCGCGGGAAGCGCCAUUACGAGUGUGCAUUGGUCCAGUGACGGAAUGACCUCGGAGAACCUUUCAUCUGCGUUCAACUUUUCAACAGAAAUUACAGACUUCGGUUCAGGUGGUUCAGAAUCUGAAUGGCUUUGGAAAUCGUUAACAUGGAAGUGGGACAUCAUUCUCCAACUCCUCUCAGCCACUGUUGGAAUCUUGGGUAAUUUGCUGGUCAUCUUGGUCAUCUUCAGUCGUCGUCGUUUGUCCGGCCGAACAACCGACAUCCUCAUCGGAAAUCUGGCCGUAGCUGAUUUCGUGACAUCCUUUGCCAUCGUCCCUUAUCCGACCCCAUCCCGUGCGCCCGAUUCAUGGCAAGGAAUGUUAUGGUGUUUGGUGAUGUUCCAAAACCUCCCUCUUUGGUUACCUGUCACUGCCUCCUCCUACAUCCUAAUGGCAAUGUCUGUUGAAAGGUACAUCGCCGUGGUCUAUCCACUGCAAUUCAGUUGUAUGGUGACUGUCCGGCGUGUAAACAUAGCCGUUGGCCUCAUCUGGUGUCUGGCCUUGUUGUCUCUACUGUUCGGAUUCUUCGUCACAGGUAUCGACGACACGUAUGGAUACUGCACAUUAACGGUGACGACUCGUCAAGGCUUAACAGCUAUAGGUUACUACUGGUUCUGUCUUCGUAUAGUUGUUCCCGUCGCCACCAUGCUCAUCACCCAGUCCCUGAUCGCGCUGGAGCUCCAUCGCCAAUCGAAAAAUUUCCAAGGGAAUACCUUCCGAGGGAAAACCAGCUCUACAGACACCUCUUUCCACGUUGUCGCUCGCAAUCGCGUGCUCAUAAUCAUGUUAGAGAUCAUCAUCAUCUACAUCGUGUGCUGGCUGCCCAAUCAGGUGGCCUUCUUAGGUGUGAUCGUUGGUUUCAUAGAAUGGUCUGAAUACAUCGGUACUCCUCUUCAUCGAGUCCUUACGAUCCUCGGUUUCUUCAACAGUUGUCUGAAUCCUUUCAUCUACGCUGCACAGAAUCCACAGUUCAGGGUCGCAACCAAAGAGCUCUUCACUGGAAAAACCAACACAAAUUCACCCGUAUUCAGUGGGAACAAGCCCGACUCAAGCGUUAGGAAAACUGGAAGUACGUCCGUUAUUUAAAUGAUCGAUUGUCAUGGCUGUUAAAAUUUGUUGCACUUAAAUGUCAAACUGCAUGUAAUAAUUAUUUUACGAAGGAACCGUUGGAUUGUAUCACGGUUUAAUUAUGGGUAGUAAUAAUUACAUUGGCAAGGAUGCAAGAUGAGAGAGAGAGACAUAAUUAUAAAAAGAUAUGUAGAUAGGAGAGAGAGAGAGAGAGAGAGAGAGAGAGAGAGAGAAAGAGAGGGAGAGAGGGGGGAAUUGAUUUGAGGGAAAUGAAUUACAAUGUAUUCAGUUCCAAAUUAUGUAAUCCCUUAUGUGAUAAGUAAAAAAAAAGAAAUAAAUUAUCAAUAAUCAGCAUUAAGAUAGUAACCCACUUGUAACUCACUUGAUCCAGGAUUAUUCAGUCUUUAGAAUGUUGUUCCUAUAUCCAUGGUUUCGUUUGGCUGGGGUUGUCAUCAUAUUUAUCUGGGGCAGCUUUCCAUCAUUUCUCAAGUCUAGAUUUAAAACGAUUGAUAUAGUGGUACUCUCCACAUCAUCGCCUGGAAGACCAUUCCACACAUUGAUUUACUUUGGCUGAAUGAGUUUUUCCUUAAUGUCUUCCGGCAUUUUAGCUUGUAAAGCUUAAGUGAGUGACCACGGGUGCGACUGCACUUUGUUCUGCUGAAGAAAUGUUCUUCUUGAAGAUUAUCGAACUGGUGCAUUAUUCUGAAUACUUGAAUCAUGUCAAAUCGUUUCCGUCUGAACUGUAGAGUGGGGAUUUUCAGUGCUUUAAGUCUCUCUGAGUAGUUUAAGUGUCUCACACUUUUGACAAGUUUUGAAGCCCUCCUCUGCACCUUUUCCAACUUAUCCUUGUCCUUAUUCAAAAGAUGGUUCCAUACUGUUGAGCAGUACUUUAACUUAGGUCGUACCAGGGUGUUAUACAGGAGAACUAAUGACUUUUCAUCAAGAUGAUGAAAGUUUCUCUUGAGGAGCCCAAGGAUGGUAUCACCUUUAGGGUUUGAACUGUACACGAAACCCUUUGUUUCAUAAAAUUGCAAUGUGUGGCUGGUAUGGAAGAUGACAUUAUUUUGUUAUCACAGUUUUUUUUGUUUUUUUGGCACAAAGUACUACUCGGUGUUAUAUAUAGAUACAGCGUGUACCAAAGUAAUUAGCAUUUUUUUAAAUCACACUUCUCAUUAAAAACAUAAAUACCGAUUGGUAUAUUAUAUACGCAUUGAUCUAACUUCUGUCUAUUAAAAAGAAAUUGCAAAUAAAAUGGAAGAGACUAAUGACUAUAUUCGUCUUCUGCUAUCCUGUGAUUUCAACGCUUUUAAUAUCCCUUGCUGCUGAAAGAAACCAUUCUUUUCUUUUAAAGAGAUAGUGUCCUCCGUCAUAAUUAGGGCUAUCGUGAACGUUUAAUUCUUCCAUGUAGUUUUUGCUUUUUAAUGUCACCACAUGAUUGCCUAUAUACAGUAUAGGCCUACGUGUAUUUAGUAACAUGAUAUACAUGUGUCCUAAAUAUACAAAUAAAUUGUUAACCGUUAAAAGGAUGUAAACAAAGUGGCACAAUAUAGCCUACAAGCGCCUUGAAUUUUCACCUUGUUAAUAUUUUGUUAUACAUUAUGUUCAUAUAUAUAUUAAUGAAACAACUUUAUUCCGUUUACAUGGUUUAUGUACCCAUUUAAACCCUUUAUUUUAUAGUAUAACAAAAGCCAGAAUGAGACACUGCGUUUGAUUUUGUUAUUUUGUUACACAUUUGUACACAUUAUUUACACACGCUCGUUUCUUUAGAUCUUCUUCAGCUUCCUAUUUCAUUUCUUACUUUUCAACUUUCUUCAUAUUUGCUAGUAGAUCUGUUCAUUUGUAAUAUAUGUAUAUAAUCAUCAUCACUUUGUGUUUUAUAAAUCAAUUUCUGUUAAUUGUGUUAAAAAUGUGAACGCUCAAAAGGGAAUGAAACACUUUGUCCAUUCUCUUUUUCUUUUUUUCCUCCCACUUAUCCAUGUACUGUAUGUAAAUUAGAUCUGUAUUGUGUAUGAAGUGCAAUAUAUUGAAGUUUUCAUUAUUAUUGUUAUUCUUUCCUUUAACUAAUUCUUGUUUCUUUUCCAUAUUGAUGUACAUGUAUGUAAUUUUUCUUUAUAUUUUUGAACAUUUCAAGUUUGUAAUCUUUGUUUGUAUCAGUCUACCGACUGUUUUAACGAGGAAUUUUGAUUCAAUAAACCGAAAUGAAUGAAUGAAUGAAAGAA